AAAUAAGAAAAAAUAAACCAACGAAAGAGAGCGAGUAGCUUUACUUGCUGCUAUUCUAGGGUUUCAAUUCCUUCCAGAAUAGCACGAACAAUUGAAAAUCUCUCUCCAUCUAAUUAUGUAUUUUCGUCUUUGAUAUCUAUUGUUUCCUUGGUGCCAAGAUUUUUAAAUUGAAAUUAAAUUUCUCUCCUUUUCCGUGAGGAGAUCUGAUAACGCUUUUUUCCCUAACAAAAACGAUGUCGCGUUCCAAUAAAAAGAUGGAAGAAGAACUGGCGGCUGCUGGGAACAGGCUUCUUCAGCCUCUGGAUUCUCUCGAUGAACUCCUGCCUUUGCUUGACCAAACUGAGGUUAAUCUCUCGAAAGUGGAGCAGUCACCUUCCAGAUCCAUGCAAACUGCUCUUUCUCCACUCAUGAAGGCAUUGGUUGCGGAUGAGCUUUUGAAGCAUUCAGAUAUUGAUGUGAAAGUUGCUGUAGCAUCUUGUAUAAAUGAAAUAACCAGAAUUACUGCACCAGAAGCUCCAUAUGAUGAUGAGAAAAUGAAGGAUAUCUUUCAAUUGAUUGUAUCAUCCUUUGAGCAUUUAUACGACAAAUCCAGCAGAUCAUAUGCUAAGAGGGCCAUGAUACUGGAAACUGUUUCCAAAGUGAGGUCGUGUGUCAUCAUGCUGGAUUUAGAAUGUGAUCAAAUGAUAACUGAGAUGUUCCAGCAUUUCUUGAAAGCCAUAAGAGAUUAUCAUCCAGAAAAUAUUUUCUCUUCAAUGGAGUCCAUUAUGACACUCAUAUUAGAAGAAAGUGAAGAUAUCUCUCCAGAACUGCUUACCGUCCUUUUGGCCAGCGUGAAAAGGAACAGCAAGGAGCUUCUGCCAGUUGCAAUGAAAUUGGGGGAGAGAGUAUUUGAUAAGUGUGCGGUCAAGCUUAAACCUUACCUCACACGAACUGUAAAGUCUUUGGGGAUUUCUUUGGAUGACUAUAGUGAGGUCGUCGCUUCUAUCUGCAAAGAAACAGACGGUCCUGUUGGUCAUAAAAGAGACAGUACCCACAGCGACCAGUUGGUUAUUGAGAGGACUUCUGCUAGUGACUCUUCAGAUCGAGUUUUGGCAACCCAGGUGGCUAAAGAUUUUACAGAAGAGACAAGUUUUGAAGAAAAAAAUCCCAAUGCAAAAAGUUCACCCAAGGCAAUUGUGAGUAAUGGUGCUGAUGAGACUGGAAAUGGAGGAAUUGUGACUGAUGCAGAUUUCAAGAAGGAAGAAGCCCUUGAUGAUAAAUUGACAUCCAAGACUGAGUCUGAUGAUUUGGCCGCUCAAAAACCAAUUAGUUCAGAGCCUAAGCCUGAGAAAGCUUCUAAUGAAAUAGGAAGGGAACCUAACUCUUCAAAUAAUGAGAUAGAGACUUCUAAUAUUGUUGAUGGUGAAAAAGAAAUGGAGCAAGUGCCGGAUCAGCGAGACAGUGAGGGCAAAAUUAUUCAUGUUUCCCCUGCUGAAGAGGCAUCAGUUGAGACAGAAAAAUAUUUGGACAAAGUAAAAGAGAUCCAGAAUAAUCUUUCUCCAACAAAUCCAUCUGACAGAGAGGCUCAAAAUGUUGUGUCUCCAUCCCCAACUGGAAGUCUCCUUGACAAGAGUCGUCCUAUGAAUGGUCGGAAAAAAAGGAAAGAAAGGUUGAUUAAAGAAAAGAGAGUUUCUGACGAUGCUGCUUCUGAGAAGGCAUUUGAUGGGGCAAGUGACUCAGAAGCGAAGAAGAGGAGGCGCUUAGGAAGAAAAGAACCUGCUGAUAUUUCUAAUGAGAACGAAGUAUUGGCUGAGGAAGAUGCAAGCAAAGAUGGUGGCGGCCCGAGUCAAUCAGAGGAAAAAUUGCCAAAUGAGACAGAUAAACCAGUGGGUUCCAAUAAAAGAAAGAAGGAUGGUUCCUCAUCAAAGAGGGAAAAUGGCAUUAAGCGUGGGCGUGUAAAAGCUUUAGUAGAGAAAGAUAUAUUGAAAUCUUCUGCAAAGGAUGACACCAGACCUGCGGUUGCUUCACUGAGGUCUCCUAGAAAAUCAAAUAAAGAUGAAGGCAACCAGGAAGAAACUCCGAGGAUGAGUGGCAAGAGGAAGGGUACUCCAAGCACUGACAAAGCAUCUGGGACUAUCGAGUAUGGUGAGAAUUUGGUUGGUUCAAAAGUUAAAGUUUGGUGGCCAAAAGAUCGCACGUUUUAUGAAGGUGUUGUUGGUUCUUUUGAUUCUGUCAAAAAGAAGCACAAGAUAUUGUACAAGGAUGGAGAUGAAGAGAUAUUAAAUCUUAAAAAUGAAAAGUGGGAAUUUGUUGAAGGUGGCUCGGUGUUGGAUGCGGGGCAACCAGUUGAAUGUGCAAGUACGGAUACUCCAUCUGAAAUGAAAACAAAGAAAGCUAAAACAAAUCCUGAGGCAUCAAGUAAUGAUGGAAAGACGAAGACUUCAAGUAAAAGUAAACUGAAAAACACUGCAACAAGAUCUGGUAAAUCUAAGCAGGAUGCCAAAGCUGACCCUAAGUCCGAUGAUGACACCUCAAUUUCUGGUGGUAAAUCUCAUGAGGAUCCCCGGAAAGCAUCAGGCAAAUCUAAUGACGUUGAUGUGGUGAAGACUUCUGGUGAUUCUAAGCAGGACACACACAAGACUCCCAAGACUAAAGAGAAAAGCCCUCGAAGUUCCCAUACAGUUGGUGCUACUGGUAAGCGCAAGACAAAAUUGCAAACUGAUCAUGUAAAGGAGAAAACAAACGAUUCUGGGAAAAGGUCAGAGAUCAAGAAGGGAAAAUUGCAAGAUACAUCUGCACCCUUAGAAAGUGGGAAGAAGCGUCGAAGAGGAGCAUCAACUUGAUGACCAUCAUUGUCUACUGUAUAAUCUAGACCAUCUUUGUAGUUUUCUAAGGGGUGGAUGUUAAAUUAGGUGUGCAUUUCACAAUUUGCAACUAAAGUAUUUUAUUUUUGUUCUCUCAGUUUAUGAAGCAGGCUUCAGUUGGUAUUGUAGUUAUGUUUGGUAGAUAGAGUUUAUGCUGAUAAAUACUCACAUUUCGUUUGUAGGAUGUAAAGUGUUGAUGGGAAAAUUACAUUUAGGUUUCCCAAAUAUUGUUUAAA